GGUGAUGCUUGAUUGUCCCGAAGUUGGACAAACUUCUAAGUUUCAACAGGUGUGUGUUACUGUACAUCCAUAUGUUGAGAAAUAUACAGUAACCAGUGGUUACCUCUCGUGUCAUAAAAGGCAUCUCACCGUUAAAUUGGUGUUUCUACAAGCUGCUUGAAUCUAUCAUCUCCUUCGUGGACUCAAUUUAUCGAGUUCAUUGUAUGUAAGAUUCAUAUCCAGUUUUGUCAAGUAUUUGUGGGGAUGAAAACUAUGUGACUAUUCUUUGCUAUGUUGUAGAAAUAAACAGAAUUACCAUUCUGUUUUUUCAUUGUCGCAGUUAUUGAACUUAAUCAUGAGCGUUAUGUAUCAUAUCUGGAAAGCAAGACGCACCAAUACACUAAAUGUUGUUUCACCAUAGAUGGGUCUUCUGUUCCUUUGUGUUGCUAAAGUAGAAACAGUGGGGCAGGGGUCACCAACCUUUUUGAAACUGAGAGCUACUUCUUGAAUACUGAUUGAUCCAAAGCGCUACCAGAUUGAUACGCACUUGAAAUAAACAAAUUUGCUCCAAAUAUUUGCGGGUAAAUCAUCUCCUCGUUAUUCCAUAGCUUGUCUCCACGAAUGCUAUGGUUUGGUCAUGUGCUCAAUACUGUUCUUUUAACAAUAGUUUUGUUUUUUAAAUAAAUUGUAAUUUCUACAUUUACACCUAUGCUGGCGCGAUUUAAAAAAAAAAAAUAAAAAAAAAAUGCAGUUUUCUAACAAUAGCAACAAAAAAUAAUGACUGGUGAGCUGUCUUUAUAACAGGCCUGUGGGCUACUCGUGGUUCUUGGGGGCUACCUGUUGCGCGUGGGUACCAUGUUGGUGACCCCUACAAUAGAGCCUCCAAAGUGGAACAAAAUCUGACCCAUGAUGCUGGUUGACUUCCAAGUUGUUUCAAAACAACGUUUCGUGUAAAAAAAAAAUAAAUAAAAAAAUAAGGAAAGUAGUUUUUGGUGUCAAUGAAGUAUGUUGAAGUGAUGCAUCGCGAAUGAGGGACUAACAUCUUUGUAUGUCAGGGAGGAGCUACGUUUAGCCUUCGAUAUAUGUAAUUGUACAUGCACUUCUCGUGGAUUUUUUUUAAUUAAUGCAAGUAAAUAGCUAUAAUUUGGUGAUUUAAUAUUUAUUCUGUUUUUUUCUUAAAAAUGUUGAAGAUCUAUAACAACAUUUAGCAUACAAAACAUUGCAAUUAGAGCUUCAAGUGUACAGAAGGAAGAAGUAUGUUGGUUAUUAUCAAUGCUGGAGGUCUUAAUACAAGAAAUUAAUACAGUUUAAAUAUUAAAACAAUACCCUCUGUUCAUCUUCAGCUAAAAAACAAGAUUUGUAUUUUUGCAAAUAGUCUAUUUUAGUCUGAUACCUGAUUUGCAUUUAAUACCAAAUAUUUUACUUGCUCUAGUUGGGAAAUCUUUUUGUAGUAACUGUUUCUAUGAAUAUGGUAAAUGGCAGUUUGACACAUAUACAGUCAGAUGACUAUUCCACUGAUGUCACCGGCAGUGAUGUGCUUAUCCUUUAUAAUGCAAAACCUGCUGGUUCUUGCCUAAUGAUGUUUCUUGCAGCAUCAUUGUGUUUGGAGCAAAACCUUGAGAAAUAUAAUCUGUGAUCAUGGUCAGGAUGUAUGAGCAGUCAUCACAUGUCGUGCUUCCUCCUUGAAACCAGAGCCUUUCUUGAUCGUGAAACCUCGCUUCUCCUUUGACCCUUGCUGAUGUUUGCUCGCGUUAGCUUGACUUAACAUCGGCCUAAAAGCAUGUCAGGUUUAAACCCACUGAACCCGGAGCCUGCAGAACAAGCGUAACGGCCAUUUCCUAAUGCUAGAAAGCAUUGUCUCUUGCAGUGUUUCCCAGCCUUUAUUGUGCCAAGGUACCUGUACAUAUUUUAUAUACCACCAAAAAAAAUGACAAAUCUUAGUUUUUUGCUUGAAUGGCCACAGGUUAAUUGUAUCUUCUACUAUCUAGUGGAAGAGUGUUUAAUUGUUUUUCCUGUCAACCAUGUCAAUGGCAUAGAUGGAUGAAUCAUCUGACACCGGCUGAGAUAAAACCAACUGUAAUAGAAAAAACGGGAAGCAGGAAUCUACCCAAAUAUACCAGUGUCAACUUAACGGAAGCAGUCAUCCACAUGACAACUGGCAAUAUCUCACGCUGGACAAAAAGUACCAUACUCGGGACACCAAGUAUUUUUGUGUGCAGUUCACUAUAGUCUCAAGGCAGUGCUAAAGAGAGAUCGUUGGACUGCAACAACACUCAGUUUAAGACAGUUAAAAACAUAUUUAUUAUAUAAUAACAUAUUUCCAAAAUCCAAUGUCAUUCUCCUUCAAGUAAUGUAGUGGUCAUUUUCUCAGCAUUGUCAGUAAUAAGGCGAUAGCGGGCCUAUGGCUGAGAAAAUGGAGAAGUGAGGACAGUUAUUGGACAGAAUCCACUGUGUCAGCUUUGAGUCUUGGCUGACAUUAAAGGCACUCCAGCGUGUGGAAACACUUCAUGAGGAGAUUUGCUCAGCUGGCCUGCUGCCCAUUUAAUGCAUUAAAGCUGAAAAGAGAAGCACACCAAAUACGGUGAUCGUAUUUAUUUUCCAUUGCCAAGGCAUACUUUUUCUAAAUAACGUGUGGAAACAUCCAGCCAUCUGAAUCAUAUAAAUAUCGCCAAAAUUAUUAUGCCAAAUAUCCUUGACCUUACCCAAAAUACAUUAACUGUAAAAAAAAUUACAACACCAAAAAAAGUCAGUUAAUGUAGUCCAAACUGGCUUCACAGAGUUGGGCGUAAGGUAAGGCACCAUAUUGCAUUACCAUUUGGCAUGGUACUGAAAGUGCGUAUUCAAAAUGAAGCCUGUACUGUAUCCCUCACAAUGCAGUAGAACUACUGGAUAUGGUCACUUUCCUAAAGUAAUUUCCCAAGUCAUUCGUUCAGAAAACACCAAAACUGAACAUAAUACUGAAUAUAUUAUUUGUAUGAAUACAUUUCAGCUGUAGAAUUACACCAUGUGUUCAACUGAGAAUUUGUCAUUUUAUCAGAUGUCUCGUGAUGAUUUAGACAAAAAUAUUUUUGUCAGAAAUGACGUAACAUACUUUUUUCUUUUUCUUUUUUUAAAGCAAUUAACAUACCCUGUAAUUGAGGCACUAAUUCGGCUUUGCAACUUUUGUAGUUUCUGUUACAACUCUUAUGUAAUCGAUGUACUUCCAAUGGAUUACGUAACAAUUAACCUACAGCAAGCGAGUGAGCUGUGUCAGCAGCAUGAAAUCAAUAAACAAGCUGCAGCUUUUAGCUGUGACGAUAACGUGUUUAAAGGGCAGGAAGAAGCCACAGGUGCAGUUUACCAAAGUGCACUUUAUCUUUCUGAGACAAGCAGCCAUGCUGGACGUUGAGGAAUCUGCAAAACCUGCUGAGAAGAGCGGGCAAUUAACUGUGGUCCUGGCACUGGCCACUCUCACAUCUGCAUUUGGCUCAUCCUUCCAGUAUGGAUAUAAUGUGGCCGUCAUCAACUCUCCAGCACCAUUCAUGCAGCACUUUUACAAUGUCACCUUCACUGAGCGACAUGCGACGCCCAUGGGGGAGAACCAGCUGACUUUGCUGUGGUCUCUGUCUGUGUCCAUGUACCCCCUGGGAGGCUUCUUUGGCUCUCUCAUGGUGGCCCCUCUGGUCAACAAACUGGGAAGAAAGGGCACUCUCCUUUUCAACAACAUCUUCUCCAUUGUGCCUGCGUUGAUGAUGGGAUUCAGUGAGCUGGCAAAGUCCUAUGAGGUCAUUAUCGUGGCUAGGUUCAUAGUGGGCAUCUGCGCAGGUCUUUCGUCCAACGUGGUGCCAAUGUACUUGGGUGAACUCUCACCCAAAAACCUGAGAGGUGCCAUUGGCAUCGUACCGCAGCUCUUUAUCACUAUUGGCAUCCUCAGUGCUCAAAUCCUGGGAAUCAGAAACAUAUUGGGCAACAGCUCAGGUUGGACCUUCCUCCUGGGUGUUACUGGCAUUCCUGCUUUGAUUGAGCUCCUGCUGCUUCCAUUUUUCCCAGAGAGCCCCAGGUACACGCUCAUCCAGAGGGGCGACGAGAUGACCGCAAAGAAAGCGUUGCAGAGCCUGCGCGGCACGGAGGACGUGACUGAAGAGCUUUCGGAGAUGCGUCUGGAGGACCGGUCGGAGAGGGCAGAGGGUCGCUUGUCCGUGCUGACCCUGCUGUCCCAGCGGUCUCUUCGCUGGCAGCUGGUCUCCAUCAUCCUGAUGAACAUGGGACAGCAGCUGUCGGGGGUGAAUGCGAUCUACUACUAUGCAGACAGCAUAUAUGCCACCGCAGGGGUCGCGCAGAAUGACAUCCAAUACGUCACAGUAGGAACGGGUGCCGUUAAUGUCUUCAUGACCGUAGCAGCUGUUUUCAUCGUAGAAGCCUCAGGACUGCGCCUCCUCCUCCUCAUUGGCUUCGGGAUUUGCUGUGGUGCGUGUAUCCUGCUCACUGUUGCUCUCGACUUCCAGAAAAGUGUGACAUGGAUGCCCUACAUCAGCAUCACGUGUGUCAUCAUCUACAUCACCGGACAUGCUAUCGGACCCAGUCCCAUCCCUUAUGUGGUGACCACUGAGAUGUUCCGGCAUUCGGCCAGGCCUGCUGCCUUCAUGGUGGCGGGUUCUGUCCACUGGCUCUCCAACUUCACCGUUGGCCUCCUAUUCCCAUUUAUGGAGAAAGGCCUGGGCUCCUACAGCUUUGUCAUUUUUUCCUUUAUUUGUCUGGCCACGCUGGUCUACAUCUGGCUGGUGGUCCCCGAGACCAAGAGCAAGACCUUCCUGGAGAUCUGCCAGAUGUUUGCCAAGAGGAACAGAGUGGAGAUCAAGCUGGGCGAUGGCAAUGCGCCACUGAAAGAGAACAAAGAAAACCUGCAGCAUGUAGAGAAGGUCACAGCCUUUUGAAGGCACAAACAGAUCUCUCACAUAAGAGGAAGUCCUAUCCUCGGGGUGCCAGCGGGAUUGCAUUCCACUGAGUGUUCCUGUAGUUGUAUUUUUAAUGGAUCUUUGCACAAUGUCUUUGGUAGAAAAAUCCAACUGUACAUUGCUACAGAAAUGAAUGGACAUUGAAGUCACUUUAUUUCCAAUACAAACGUGAUUAAUACAUGAAUGAAAUUUAAGUUGACGAUAAAUACGAGGUACGACAAUAAAGAAACAAGACUGGCGGCCGCGGCUCGCUUUUUACGGAACAGUAUUGCGCAAUGCCUCGCCUCUAUUAUUUGACAAUCUUGUUCCUGUCUCUCGCUCUGUGCUUCGCUUUCAGGGUUUUGUCAUCCUGAACCAAGCGUGGCUGACACAGCCUUGUUUCUUUGUCUCGCCACACCUCGUACUGAUGUACAUUUUAUCAUUUAAUAUAUUGCAAUCAAGCAUUCUAAGACCAUUGGUAUACACUAAUUACCCACCGAUUGGCAUUUUCCGCCAUUUUUUUUUGUGCCAACUUGAGAUCUGAGCUCUGUAUGGUGGCAGUGACUCAACUCACUACACAACAUGCAGCGGUUUGUCAGCUAGAAUCAGCAGUUGACGUUUACUGUCAAACUAAACAAAACGGAAUUAGGCUGCUAAAUUAAUGCUAAAACAUCAUGGAAAACUCCUAACAUAUAGCAUCUAUGUUGCGGUAUUAAGCAACAGAUAUUUGAACACAAGCGGUGCAACAACACGUACACAACAACAACAAUAACAGUACUGAGUCAUAUGUUCCUUAUCCUCUGCAAAGACCAAUAUUAAUGCCAUACUGAUGAGAUGAGAGAGGAGUAUAUAUAUUUUGUCUGUCUGUCUUAUACUGCCCCCGGGUGGCCAAGGCAGGGACACAAAAAGGAGCAGCACCAUGGCCGUUGAAUUGAUACAAAAGAUACAAGGUGUGACAAAAACGGUUUAAUUGUAUUUGUCAUGACUGUCGGUUUUUAUAAAGUACAAUAUUUUGUGCUAUAAUUGAGUGCUAUUUUUCCCAUUCGAACACAUUUUUUUGUUUUAUUUUUUGGGGGGGGCUGGAGUUGAUCAAUGGCAUUGCCAUUCACUUCAAUGGGGAAAGAUGAUUUGGGGUCUCGGAACGGAU